AUGGUAGCUGCUGAAAACAUUUUAAAAUCUUUGGAACAUGUCAGUAAAACCUCUAAGGCGAGGAUAGCUUUUCCGAUGAAAAGGUAUGCCACCGAGGGUAAAAAUAUUCCUUUAAAGAAAAACUGGUCAGAGACCUGGUGUACUUUGUCGGCUCAUUUCGAGACGGUGUGUGAAAAAUAUUUCAAUUUGCAAUUGCGUAAGGAUGAUGUCUUUGUAGUGACAUUUAUGAAGUGUGGCACUACUUGGAUGCAGGAAUGUGCCUGGUUGUUGUUGAAUAACUUGGACUAUGAGAAGUCAAAAGAGGAGGUUGUUAUGAUCAGAAGUCCUUUCUUAGAUUUUCAGAGCAUUACGCCUGGUCCAAAUCACGUAGAGUUGUGUGAGAAAUUGCCCAGUCCGCGUUUAAUCAAAUCCCAUUUACCGGCCAAUUUGUUGCCUCUACAAAUCUGGGAAAAGAAACAAAAGAUCAUUUAUGUGGCUCGCAAUGCGAAGGAUGUUAUAGUCUCCUCCUUCCACUUUGUGAAAAACUUAGAUAUGUGGCGUGGUGAUAAUUUACAUGAUUACGCUGAAGAUUUUCUUAAUAAUGAAAUUAUGUAUACUCACUUCUGGAGUCAUAUAGUAGACUUUUGGAAAAUGCGAUAUGAGUAUUUCAUAUUCUUUGUCACCUAUGAAGAAAUGAAACGUGAUUUGGCAAAUGUUUUGCAAAAACUCUGUGGGUUUCUAGGGAGACCUCAAUUGUCAAAGGAAGAAAUGUCAAGACUUUUACAACAUUUAUCAUUUGAUAGCAUGAAAAAAAAUAAGAAAACAAAUUUGACCGAUUUAUUAAAGGAUGAUAAUCCUGCUGUAAAAGAAGAAUUUCAAUUUAUGCGUCGUGGUAUUGUGGGUUCCUUUAAGGAUGAACUAACACCCGAAUUGAUUACUAAAAUUGACAAAUGGUCUGCAGACUUUUUAGCUCAACAUGGUUUAAAGGAAGAGGAUAUUUUUGGUAAACUUUAG